AUGUCUUCCUCGCUGUGCAACGAGUGCAAGAAAGCAGAGAAGAUUCUUAGUUCAUUCGUGAAGCCCAAAAAAUGGAACAAAUCGAAAUCGAAGUUAGAGGAGCCAGAACUAGGCAUCCCACGCGCAAUCCUCUCGGGUGCAAAGGCCCUAGUGAUUUUCACAGUCGUGAAAGCAGGCGCCGUAGCUUCAAUGCGCUUCGGAUCAGGCCUCAUUGUCGCGCGACUUCCAGACGGCACCUGGUCCGCCCCGUCAGCUAUGGCAAUGGGCGGCAUCGGUCUCGGCACGCAGCUAGGCUUUGAAAUGACGGAUUUUGUCUUCGUGUUGAACAGUGAGCAAGCUGUCAAAACAUUCACCCAAUCAGGGUCCGUCACCCUCGGUAAGAGUGUCUCCGUUGCAUUAGGUCCGUACGGACGAAGCGCGGAGCUGAGUGGUGCGAUCAGCUCGAAAGGAAUGGUGGGCAUGUUUGCGUACUCGAAGUCACGGGGCAUCUUUGGUGGGAAGUCCUUUGAGGGCGGGAUGAUCGGAGAACGGCCCGAGGUGAAUAAGAAGAUGUAUGGCGUUACGUUGACGGCCAAGGAGCUUCUUAGUGGAAAGGUUGAUCCGCCGCCUGAUGCAGAGCCUCUCAUGCAACUUCUGAAUUCGGACAGGUUUAAGUUCGGGGAUGAGGGCGAUGUGUCACCAGUGGCCUCUAUAGCUGGUUAUCCUGCUUACGAUAAUCAUCAAGAGGUCGUUGAGAUGCCUGCGCAUGUACCUGAUCUGCACAAGGAGCCGGUUGAACUAGGGGCUGAAGAGCCCUCAAAGCUUGCCGAAUUGGAUGCGGGACCUGGUCAUCAAAUUUUCGAGUUGUAUUCUGGGGAUGUUGACUCUAAAGUUUAUGAGCUCGAUGCCUCCCAGUCGCUUCCGUCUCAGGUAUCAAAGGACGGACAUCCCACAUCAAAAUCCCCAGUGAUGCCACCCUCCAAAGACUCAGCUCUUGAAUAG